UGUAAAAGAAAAAAAAAACAAAAGAAAAGCGAAAGCCCUACUCUGUUUCUCUCUGUAUCCACUGUCAGUAGUCGUUGCCUCCAUAGCUAUUCAAACACCAUUUUUGAGUCUCCCAUCAAUCUGUACUUAUCUUUGGUCGGUAUUUGACACAUAACAUUUCUGUGAAAAUGGAGAAGAGAAUGAUAGCCCUUGGUUUUGAAGGAUCAGCCAACAAGAUUGGUGUUGGUGUUGUGACAUUAGAUGGCGCAAUUUUGUCAAACCCACGCCACACCUAUAUAACCCCACCUGGCCAAGGAUUCCUGCCACGGGAAACUGCUCAACACCAUCUCCAGCAUGUCAUCCCGUUGAUCAAAUCAGCUUUAAAAACAGCCCAGAUAACCCCUGAUGAAAUCGACUGUCUUUGUUACACCAAGGGUCCUGGUAUGGGUGCACCUUUACAAGUAUCUGCCAUUGUUGUUAGGGUUCUUUCACUUCUAUGGAAGAAGCCAAUUGUUGCAGUUAACCACUGUGUUGCACAUAUUGAGAUGGGAAGGAUUGUUACUGGGGCAGAUGAUCCUGUUGUGUUGUAUGUUAGUGGUGGGAAUACUCAGGUUAUAGCGUAUAGCGAAGGACGAUACAGAAUCUUUGGAGAGACUAUUGAUAUUGCUGUUGGGAAUUGCUUGGAUCGGUUUGCUAGAGUUUUAAACCUCUCAAACGAUCCAAGCCCAGGAUAUAACAUUGAACAGCUAGCAAAGAAAGGAGAAAAAUUUAUAGAUCUUCCAUAUGUGGUCAAAGGGAUGGAUGUUUCCUUUAGUGGAAUAUUGAGCUACAUUGAAGCUACUGCCGAGGAGAAACUCAAAAAUAAUGAGUGCACCCCUGCCGAUUUGUGCUACUCCCUUCAGGAAACUCUAUUUGCAAUGCUUGUGGAGAUAACAGAACGAGCGAUGGCUCAUUGUGACUCGAAAGAUGUUCUCAUAGUUGGUGGUGUGGGUUGCAAUGAGCGCUUGCAAGAGAUGAUGAGGACAAUGUGUUCUGAACGAGGUGGAAGAUUGUUUGCAACUGAUGACAGGUACUGCAUUGACAAUGGAGCAAUGAUAGCAUAUACAGGUCUCCUUGCCUUUGCUCAUGGGUCCUCAACUCCACUUGAGGAGUCGACAUUCACCCAGCGGUUUCGGACUGAUGAGGUGCAUGCAAUCUGGAGGGAAAAUCAGGAGUCAGAUGACAUGAAUGGUCUUGUAGAGGGAGGAAUCUAAAUCAAAUUGCUGUUAAGGUUUCAGUGCUGUUGCAUGUCCCAGCUCAGGAUCUUGAAGUUACACUAAAGAUUUACGUAUUAUCUUGUAGUAGGCUUACCAGGGAGGUUAAGCAUAAACUUAUUCUAUGUUCUGAAUAUGUUUAUUUGUAAUUCGUGUCUUGCAUGGAAAUCUCCCUAGACUUCAUGUCUCUGUCUUUCUGUUUCCCUCCUCGUGUCCAGUUCUGUUUCGGCACUUGGAAUUUCAUCCUUUCAAUUACAUCACAAAUAUAUUUCCUUCAAUUGCAUCACAAAUAUUGUUUUACUUAUUAUAGCAUUAAACUUCAGUAGUCCAGUGUCCUUAUCACAAUCUAUUGUCGUUAGAGAAACAUUAACUGGAAUUUCCUUGGAGCAUAGCUCUGUUUCAAACCAGGCAUACGUUGAAAUGCUGUAACAUUUUAUGCAUUUGACAUUUUAAUCAUCAAAUGAAGCUCAAACAGAAUAUGAGAAUUUGUUUUGGGUGAAAUCCAUCCAG